AUGAAAGGUAUAUGUCAUUUGACAUGAUUGAGAUGUCUUAGACACGUCAUCAUACAAUACAUGUCAAACAUAUACGGGAUAUAUUAUCUAUAUGAAGUGUCCGUGCAACCUAAAUAACCAUCUUUUUUUUUUAAUCGGGGAAGGUACAUGAUGCAAAUUGUAUCUUAUUACAAGAAUAGACCAAAAGUGGCAUAUAAUAUAACCAUCUAGAUACAGAAUAUACCAAGUUGCUAAUGUGACAUAUAAUCAUAUAUACAUGAUUUUUUUUUAAGUUAGUGUUAGGUUCCAUUUCUUUACUGCUACAGAGAAUUAUGACAGCAAAAAGUCAAUAUGAAGUUGACAAGUAUUCUGAAUGCAACUACCCAACAGAAAAUGAGACAAGACAACAUCAUAAAAAUCAACUCUCUUAGAAAAAGACUGGCUAAAUAAUAAUCCCAUAUUUCAUGCGACGGACUAUAUAGUAUAUACUACCUGUAUAAUCAUGCUCAAAUGGAAAUUGAUAUUGGUAGCACACUUUCUUACAACUUCUAAGAUUCCAGAAAUAGAAAACACAAUCAACAAAUUAAAUAUGGAUACAAUCAAUUGAAAAAUCAAACAUUUGAUACAUACCCCCUGCGCGUCAAAGCCAGCUCACAGAAAUAAAAUAAAAAUAAAAAUUUAUUAUUCCAUUAAAUAAGUGCUUUGCAAUACCCCUAUUAAUAAUCUUCAAAUCUUAGUUUUUCAAAAGUAUUGUAACAAGUUUAAAAGAGAGAAGGGUGUUGAAAAGAAAAUUUAUUCAACCAUCCAUUUAUACGUUCAUAUAGUGUAUUGUAUCAUUUUGUUGAAUGGGUCAUGCAGACACUGCAAACGGGAAACCGAGCUCAGGGUUCCUGAGAGAGCGACAACAGACGCUGAAGACUGUCAAUAACAUAAAGAUCACAGUCUUAUGUGGGCUCAUAACCAUCCUUGUGCUUAGAGGCACUAUUGGAGUUGGUGAUCUCAUUGGUUCCUCAUCCGAAGCCAAAAAAGACCGAGCCCUCAUUGAGGAGACUAAUAGGAUACUUGCUGAAAUCCGUUCUGGGAAGGACUCGUCUGACCCUGACGGUCAAGAAGAGCCACCCUUCAACCCCAAUGUGACCUACACAUUGGGGCCAAAGAUUGACACCUGGGAUGUCCAGCGUAGGAAUUGGCUUAAGCAAAACCCGGAUUUUCCGCGUGUUGUAGGUGGGAAAGGCCGGAUUUUGCUUGUGACAGGUUCACCUCCUAAUCCAUGUGAUAACUCAAUUGGGGAUCACUAUUUGUUAAAAGGGGUGAAGAAUAAGAUUGAUUACUGUAGGUUGCAUGGGAUUGAGAUUAUGUAUAACAUGGCUCACUUAGACAGGGAGAUGGCAGGGUACUGGGCGAAACUGCCGUUGAUUAGGAAGCUGAUGCUCUCUCACCCUGAGGUAGAGUGGAUUUGGUGGUUGGAUAGUGAUGCACUUUUCACCGAUAUGGUGUUUGAGAUUCCAUUAGAAAAGUACAAAGAUCAUAACCUUGUGAUCCAUGGGUACCCUGAUUUGUUAUUCGAGCAGAAAUCAUGGAUUGCACUCAACACCGGAAGCUUUCUCCUACGAAAUUGUCAAUGGUCUCUGGACUUGCUUGAUGUUUGGGCACCUAUGGGUCCUAAGGGCGUGGUAAGGGAUGAUGCCGGGAAGCUCCUAACUGCAAAUUUGAAGGGAAGACCAGCUUUUGAGGCAGAUGAUCAAUCUGCAUUGAUAUACUUGUUGAUUUUCCAAAAAGAGAAGUGGAUGUCUAAGGUGUUUGUUGAGAAUUCGUACUACUUGCAUGGAUUUUGGUUGGGUUUAGUGGACAAAUAUGAAGAAAUGGCUGAGAAGCACCAUCCUGGAUUAGGGGAUGAGAGAUGGCCGUUUGUAACUCAUUUUGUCGGGUGCAAGCCUUGUGGAAGUUAUGGGGAUUAUCCAGCUGAAAAAUGCUUGAAGAGUAUGGAGAGGGCAUUCAACUUCGCCGACAAUCAAGUUCUUAAGCUCUAUGGGUUCAGGCAUAGGGGCUUAUUGAGUCCUAACAUCAAAAGAUUGAGAAACGAAACAGACAACCCUCUCAAUGUUGUGGAUGAACAUGAUAUCCGAAGACAUAUUGUCAUUGGUUCAUAAAGGAGUCAUUGGUUCAUGAAAGAGUUAGUAUCACCACUUUUGGCUAAUGAACACCAAAUUUUGGCUGAUGAACGUCGUUUCAAUGGAAUUUUUAUAUUGUAAGGUUUAGUUAAACAGGAAAUUUUUGGUCUAAUUACAUAAUUGUCCACAGUUUUAUACGGAGUACUAAUGAUUCAUGUAUACUUACAAUCAAUAUACGUCUAUGACGAAUUCGAAAAUUAUGCUGUGGAUCUUGUUUAAAUCGUCAAAAUGUUGCCAAAGCAGCACUCUUUUUCAUGUCUAGAAACAAUGGCCCAAAAUAUCAUUCAAAUUGUAAAACUAAUUUGUCAACUACUGGACUCCAAUACGUGCAAUUUCGUGCGUAUAAAAAUGCCAAUUCAAACGUGGUUGUUUGAUGUAAAUUCUAAAAUAAAGUGUGUUGAUAAAUAGUGACCUUCCUAUACACAGCACGAUUGCCAGCUUCAACUACCCGGCAAAUUGCAUCAUUAUUUUGGUCAUUAAUAAUCACAAUUUAGCUAAACUGUCAGCUACUGUAAAGAAACUUGUCUAAUGCAAGUAGGGAAAAUCUCCUGAGAAGAUUAAUCUGACUCAGCUGUAAUGUUGAUUCAUGCAACUUUCCGAACAUACGCAACAAAGGAAGAUUGUUUUGGAUAAUGGGUAUCAGUCAAGAUAACAAAGGACAAUGACAUACUAACAAGUUCAAAUCAGAUUUCAUUGCAAAUGCAGGUAGCACUCGUUUGGCAACUAUC